GAUUAUGAAGUGCUGCCUGGUUGGAAAAGUGGCAUUCAUCUACCUGAAACUAUGAAGGCCUUCCCUUAGUUGCUCAUAAGUAUGUCGAGAGGAUAGAAGAGCUUGUUAGCAUUCCCAUUAAUUACGUUGCUGUUGGACCAAGAUGCGAUGCCAUUAGUUGCAAAUGACUUAGAUCUGGCUAACACUUGCAUCUUCUGCUCCUAAAGGAUAUGAUAGCAUCCUCAUCGAUGAAUGUUUUUUGCCUUAUGAGUAUGCUGGAGAUACUAUUUGGAUUCUAAAUCCAAAAACGACAUCAGGGUUUGGCACAUUGCUUCUUCCAUGAGCAUUGAGCAUCUCAUUGAGGUAACACUAAUGCUCAUCUAGUGAUAAUGAAAUGUUGUUCGAGUAGAGGAGAUUUGAAUAAGUUCCUCCAUUAUGAUGGUUAGUUAGCACCAGGUAUUCAGUCCUCGGACCGACUAAUCUUGGGGAUGAUCGGCCCGGUUCUAUAAAAAUUUUCCACCGACUAUCAGGCUCUACAGACCAACAUUUCAAAUUUAUCAUCUUAUCGGAGGGAAAUGCUCUAUAGUGUAUCGUAAUUUGGAAUCGAACUAUGGAUACUUGGACUAAGACUCAGGUUGAUCAUUGAGAUUACGGACUCAGGUUACUGAUUAGGAGAAAGAACAUCAUGAUGUCUUCCAAAACCCUAAUUACCUCACAUGUACACAACCAUUUCAAGGUAAAACUUGACAUCCAUUUCAUUUCUUCAAUUUUCUUUUCCUUUAUUUUUUUCUUGACAUGAACGAGAUAUCACAUUCCUUUGAAGCCAAGGCAAUGAUAAUUCUUGAAUUAAUCCUGAAAUAAAUAAAUCAUUCUUAAUUGUUUUACAAGCAUUGAACUUCACUCGAUUACACCCACCAUGAUCUCAUCUCCCACGUUCAGUUGCCUUCACUUGGAAGCCAAGCCAUUGCCAGCUCUACUGCAUGGCAAUGGACAAGCCACUGCACUCUCUUAUUCCCUCAGCCUCAACUCACAGUCCUCCCAUUCCACUGAGCUCCUUCGACCAUGUCGUCGCCCUUCAUCUUCCUCCUCGUCGUCCUCCUCCACUCGCCGGCGAUCCCCGCGUCCGCCUCCCGCUGCACUGCCACCGUCUUCGGGAGAACCUUCGCCAAGUGCGUUGGUCUGCCCACCCAAGGCGCCACCUUGGCCUGGACCUACCACGCCCGCAAUGCCACCCUCGACCUCGCCUUUUCUGGCUCCUUCAUCUCCCCCUCCGGCUGGGUUGCCUGGGGGCUCAACCCGGACUCCCCUUCCAUGACCGGGGCUCGCGUCGUCGCUGCCUUCUCCGAUCCUUCCUCUGGUGGACUCAUUCUCCUCCCUUUCUUCCUCGACCCCUCCGUGAAGCUCCAGCAGUCCCCCCUGCUCUCCCGUCCCUUCGGCCCUCACCUCCUCUCCUCCUCCGCCGCCCUUCGGCACGCAGCCGCCGUCAGUGCCGGCGCCGGUGUACAUAUCUUCGCUACUCUCAAACUGUCCCCCAACCACACCCGCCUUCACCACGUCUGGAACAGGGGACUCUACGUGCAAGGCUACUCCCCUACUAUACACCCCACAUCCCCAGCCGACCUCGCCUCCCGCGCCACCAUCGACAUCGUCUCCACUGCCACUGAGGCCGCGGGGCCCUCGCCUUCGUCGGAGGUGGCGCUCCGCUCCACCCACGCCGCCCUCAACGCCGCCUCGUGGGGGAUCCUCCUCCCGGCAGGGGUCGCGGUGGCGCGGUACCUCCGGCAGCCGCUGGGGCCGUCGUGGUUCUUCCUGCACGCAGCGGUGCAAAUUGCUGGGUACCUGAUGGGGGCGGCGGGGUUCGCGAUAGGCAUCGUGAUGGGGGCGCGGUCGGAGGGGGUGGAGUACGGGCUGCACCGGGGACUGGGGGUGGCGGCGGUGGUCGGCGGGGGGCUGCAGUCGGCCGCGCUGCUGCUCCGGCCGAAGACCACCAACAAGUACCGCAAGUACUGGAAGUCGUACCACCACCUGGUGGGGUACGGGAGCAUGGUGGUGGGGGUGGUCAACGUCUUCCAGGGGUUCGACGUCAUGGGGCUGGGGAGGUCGUACUGGAAGCUGGCCUACUGCUUGGGGCUGUCCACGGUGGUGGGCGUCUGCGUCGCGUUGGAGGUGAACUCGUGGGUGGUCUUCUGCCGGAGGGCGGCGUCUGAGGACGACGACGACGACGAGGGGCGACGCAGGCUGGAGACCAAGCGGGCAGGCAAAGAAAACACCUGAGGCAUAAUUAAAUUAAUGGAAUUUGAUUACGACUUCUAAUAUAUUUGAUCUUUUAAUUUGUUAAUGCCAUGUUUCGAGAUCUUUGUAGCCGUGAAGGAGAAUGUGAGCUCUUGAUAGUGUUCUAAAUUAUUUACAUUUUGAUCGCAA